CGCAAAGAGUAAGCAAGUCCUUAUAUCUACUGUCUUCUUUCUUCUUGCGCUCCACCUUCAAUUCAUCUUCAACUCAUCUUCCUUUCCACCAAAACAUCAACAGUCAAUGAUUCACCCCUCUUGAAGAGCUCAUUUAUAACGCUCUGAUCUUUGCAACAACGAACCACAACAUCGUAAAGAUCAACUAGUGGAAGCAUGUCUUAUCUCAGAAACAAACAACACAUGCGCCCAAGACCACGAUGUACACACCGCAAUGUAUUCAAAGCGCCGCGCAUCUACACUCAAGAAGACCACCACAUAACAUACAUCAUCGACUCCUACACCAUCCAAAUUACCUGGUUCCAGUCAUCCCACAUCCCAUCUCAACCUAGCCAGAAAGCUGCAUUCGAAAGGCUCGUAGCAGAAGCUGCUCUAUCCUUAAAUCAAACUGAGGUUCAUAUCAGAAGCAAGCUGCAAAAUGAUGCGACUGAGGGCGGCCAGGUGGUGCACUAUGAUCGGCAUAUUCUAGUGUGGUUUCCGAAGAUGAAGAGGGAGGCGCAUGUUUAUGUUGGACCAACUGAGGUGGUUAAGAUUGAAGAGUUGAGAGUUUGGAGGAGGGAGGGAAGAGUUGCUGUUGUUUUGUGUUGAGGCAGGGAUGGAGGGGUCUUUCUUUCUCUAGAAAUCACGGAGAAAAUGGCGG